AUUAAAGGGGAUAUAAGCUGUUAAUUGAAUUGAGAUCACACAUAGAUCCAUUAGGGCACAAUGUGCUCUUUAUCAAAUAAAAUUAGUUGUAAGUAGCACAUAUCAUCUUUGAUGAAUCAGCCGGGUCUCCAAGUAACUGCGAUGACACUUGGAUUAUGAGAAAUACCGUGAAUUGAGCUUCUUUAUCUUUAAAGAUACAAAUUAACAGUCAAGUUCAAACAUGUCACCUUUUACAGCGCCGUCAUCCGCGCUGAUAACACCUUUCCCAUAAUUGUCCAAUGGAAACUUCCUGCGUCAUAUCCGGUCAACUGUCACUUCCGGAUGCGGUGAAACUGCAGAGAAGUAGGAAAACACCGCAUCUGUGUGGAUUAAUAACGACAGGCAGGGCUGUGUAUAAACCGGGAGGACACGCCAGCAGCGUCCAGAAUGGGCUCGCGGACAGAAGCGUUCACACCGGGAUCUGCAUUUUAACGGCGCUGUACGUCACAGCGCGAGCCCGCUUUUACCGAGCAGCUGUGUUUGUGUCCUCUUGCUAGCUUAAGCCAGCAUAGCGUUAGCUGGGACGCGCUAAAAAAAAACUACGUCUCUCCGGGAAGCGAGGGGAAGACUUGUCCCUUCUUUUGGUCUUCACUGUCACUUCUUCGGACAGGGGGCACAGAGGGACAUCUCUGUGUUCGUGUAUAAAGUUAGUUUCGGUCACUUUGAGGGCAGGACUUUUAUUGGAAGCGAGUCUCCCAAACUGAGAAGUCGGGAUCUCAAACUAAAACCAGCUGCUGGUGUUUUUAUUUAGUUAGCUCUCCAGGACGCGUUUGGAGAGAAAAGCGCGUCGUUUGUCUGUUCCAGGGUGUAAAAUGAGUGGAAUGUGGCGUUCAGGGACUACAAAGAAAAGCCAGCAGACACUUUGUAAAUAACACUUCCCUGUCAGCCGGAAGGCUCCAGCUCUUUUUCCUUGUUCAGCUGACAGGGCUGCAGGCAGCGUCCCGAGUUUGAAUUCUGGUCAGGUGGAAGGAAGACUUCCUUGUUUGUUUUGUUUCAGCACAGCUCGUUUCUCUUUGACCAGGCUUCAACUCAACAGUGAAGGAUGAAUGGCCUCUCUCUCAGUGAGCUCUGCUGCCUGUUCUGUUGCCCGCCUUGCCCGAGCCGCAUUGCCGCCAAGCUAGCUUUCCUGCCCCCAGAACCCACGUACACCUUUCUGCCAGACCCAGAGGCGGGCCCUGCUGCACCAGGGGCGACGGGGACAUCCAGCCUGCGGGCGCGGAGUGGCGCUUCAGUUGCUGGAAGCGGGGGUACCGGGGCCGUAGAGGGGGGAUGGAAGCUUCACCUGACGGACCGAGCGGAGUUUCAGUACUCUCAGAGAGAGCUGGACACUACGGAGGUCUUUCUUGCUCGAUCCAGCCGAGGGAACAGAGUCGGCUGCAUGUACAUUCGCUGCGCUCCUAGUUCCAGGUUUACGGUGCUUUUCUCCCACGGCAAUGCAGUUGACCUCGGCCAGAUGAGCAGUUUCUACAUUGGCCUCGGCACUCGCAUCAACUGCAACAUCUUCUCUUAUGAUUACUCGGGCUAUGGCGUCAGCACCGGCAAGCCCUCCGAGAAGAAUCUGUAUGCAGACAUAGAUGCUGCCUGGCACGCCCUGCGUACACGGUAUGGCAUAAGCCCGGAGAACAUCAUCCUGUACGGGCAGAGCAUCGGUACAGUUCCCACUGUAGACCUGGCGUCACGGUACGAGUGUGCCGCCGUGGUUCUUCACUCACCUCUAACAUCUGGUAUGAGAGUGGCGUUUCCUGACACAAAGAAAACCUACUGCUUCGACGCUUUCCCCAACAUUGAGAAAGUAUCCAAAAUCACUUCCCCAGUGCUCAUCAUCCACGGCACGGAGGACGAGGUGAUCGACUUUUCCCACGGCCUGGCCUUGUUCGAGCGCUGCCCGAAGGCUGUGGAGCCUCUCUGGGUUGAGGGAGCGGGACACAACGACAUUGAACUCUACAGCCAGUAUCUGGAGCGCCUGCGCCGCUUCAUAGGACAGGAGCUGGCGGUACAGCACGGCUGACCAUCAACACUACGCUCGUCAUAAUGACCAUAUUUCCCGGUCCGUUCAAAGCACCUCACCUGUUUUUGUCUGAGAUGGAAACCAUCUGACCCGUCUUAACCGUCCUGUGUGACGUGUGCACAUACUUCAGGACGCAGUUCACCUUUAAUGGACCGUGGAUCAUUUAGACGCAGGGGAAAAGAGGCGUCUCUUCAUAAUCACAGUGGAGACUGUUGGGGUUUGUGUUUGUUUGUGUGUCUUUUAGCAGAAACUUUAAUAGUGCAGAUGCCUGUACUGUGCAAUAACAUGAAAAAGAGGGAAAGGUUUUCACUGAUAGAUGUAAAAGUAGAACAACAAAGUGAUCACAUGACCUGGAAAGCUCCUGUCACCACCUCAGCGUACACUUCGAGUGGAACUUCAUUUCUGUUAGCAGCUUUUUAUUAGAGGACUUUUGUUGAAGCAGGUAUUAUGUUACAUUGAAUUAUUGCACCUGUACAGUUAAAUGGAAGCCAAUUUAAACACAAUAUAUCAUGUUUUAAAGGUAUUCGUUUACCUGCAUUUUGUUGGCGCAGACUGCAUCAUCUUUAAAAUCGUUUCUAACUUUCAUCACGAAGGUUUGAAACCGCUCACAGCUUUUAAUCUUGGGGAAAAUUAUGCUGGCAUAAAUAUGAGUUUAUAUUUUGCGUCUUGUUUUUACGUAUUGAACAUUUUGCUCAGGUAACUUUUUCGAGUGUUCGCGAUUGUUUAGCGCGCGGACAGCUGAAGCGCCUCAGAAGAUUUCAUCCAGCCUAAAAUAUUUCCUUUCAACGAAGCGUUCAACCGAACUUCGAUCCUACAUCUGAGCUGCAGUCCACACCUCCAGUUUGCUGAGCCGUCGAUGCCCCCUCGCGCUUCUCUCUAACACAUCUGUGUCCCACUGCUGCUGUGGGAUUGGCUGUAUGAAAGAAAGACGUUGAAGAGGCUCAGAUGGAAAAUUCCUUCAGUUCUUUCAUUUAAUGGAAUGCGUUCGAGUCCAUUAGCCCCGUCCGUUUCUUUUAGCCUUGUUUAUGUCUCGCACUGCUGGGUCACAGCUGUCGGCCUGUUCUUGCUCCUCACGGUGCGCAGAGACAAGGAGAGCAACACUAAAGUUCAACACAUUACUCACCUGCAACCUGUCAUCAGGGAUUUGUUUUUGUUGUUUUUUUUCAGUGAAGGCAGGGAGAGUAACCACAUUCAGGUCCAUAUUCUGAUAGUUCCCCAGUUUCGCAGGAACAUCUGUGUGAUCAGAGCACAUGUUCUUCUUAGAACAUAUCAGCAGAUUUGUCAGAGUUAAGCAGGAACACUAACACCAGGCACUAAACAGAUUAGUGUUUCAUCUAAAUAAUUUAGACUUUAUAACAGCUGUUUGUAUUAUUAUCCUGUCUAUGUGUACAAACCUGCAUAAUGAUUAAAGGGGACCUGUUAUGCUUUUAUCCAUUAUUAAACAGCACCAAGUUUCAGACGAUCUGGCGAGUCGAGGUCAGACUGUCUCUGGUUCUGUGUGAUCGCACUGAGAGCCAUUGUUUAUUAUGCUUUUCUCAGAAAACAGAUCAGGUCUUGAGCUCCUGCUGUUCACGAGACCCAUUGUAGGACAAAUAAGGAUUAUUUUAGGCUGGGAAUCAUGCAAAGCUACUCUAGUAGAGCCCAAGUAUAGAAAUAUGGAGCUGGAAAGGAGCAUAAUAGGUCCUCUUUAAGUAUCAUUUUUGUUUUGUGAGGUGCGUUUUCUGUCUUCUGAGAAUAUUUUUAGGAAACAUUGGCACAUUAUUUGAUUGAUCUCAAUUCUUCAGCUUGUUGUUGGAGAAAUCUGACUAACCCGUAACAGGAGACUGACCUGCCUCGUACCUGAACUGGUACAAAUAGAUGUUGGAGCCUGUUGGAAUUGCUGUAGGUGGCUCUGAGGGUAAAUGCAUAUCUGUUGUGGGGGUUUUCCAUGUGUUUUUUUUUUUUUUUUCCCUUUUCUUUGUGGUGAUCCAGCAAUCCACCAAAGUUUUAAAACUGUAACCAAAAUUGUAAUAUUUAUAACAAAUUGUAAAGGAAUCGGGUGUUUUUGCUUACGUGCGUUGUUGUAUUUGAAGCUUAGGCACGAUUGAUGAACACUCAGAUUCUCAACAUUUUUGAGGAGAAUUUUUAGGCUCGGUGGACAAACCAAAGCUUUUGUUGUUAGUGCUUUACCCAGUUUACCUGCUGCUUAUGUUUUAUAUCUUAUGUAAAGAACGUCAAACUGAGCUUAUCUUCUUAUUCUCUUCACAUUUGGAUACAGAUUCAUUGUAAAAUUCUCUGUUUGCUAAAUAAUCGAGUUUUAUCAAAUCACGUUUGCUUUGAAAUAUGCAAGAACCGAAUAUGAACUUGAUAAAUUAACCAAGUUGGGAUUUUUUGUUUUUCUCUAAGCUGUUUAUGAUUUCUCGUUUGUGCAGGGAGGAAACCACGUGUAUUUGAAUAUGUUUGUGUGAUGAAAGAAGAUGAAAGGCCGGCUUCAUGCCGACACAUGAAAAGCUUUUUUCAAACGUGUGGGUUUCUGCUGAGGAUUGUUUUAUUUUCAUCAUCAAACAUUCUUAUCAAUUGUUUAUUAUACUGACAGUUUUUUAGUUUUUAAAGAUUUUCUUUCUUUCUUUUUCAUGAAUUAAAGAGAAUAAGUUAAUAAAUCAUAACCAGAAGUUGA